GCUCCCGCGGAUGUCGGCUCUACGUGGAGGUGGUGGUGACAAUGCUCCUGUGGCUGGCCAAUCCACUGGUGCUGGUGCAAGCGGAGGGCCUCUCCCGCGAGGAGGUGGUCGUGCCCCUGAUGCCUUUCAUGAACACGACCCGUGGAGAGAACCGGCUGCUCGAGCCGCUGCUGAAGGAACCAAGCGACACCGCGCUGAAGGAACUGCUGAACGGAAUGGGGGCCUCGCAGGACUUCCUCACCGCGCAGCUCGAUGCGAAGCUCGCCACCGUCAAGCAGGAGGUCAUCGCCGAGUUCGCCGCGCAGCUCAAAGGACCUCUGGGCGCUGUCGUCGGUCAGCAGCAGAAGCAGAAUGAACGUUUCACGGGACAGAUCCAAUCGCUACAGGCUGCCUCAUCCAAGCUCGAAGCAGAACAACAAUACCUACGUGCUCAAGUUGCAGAAAUGCGACAGCGGCUACACAUGCAAGAAGCGCAGAUCCCGAUCAAGGAUUAUGAGAGCCUCAUCGAGUGGGACAGAGCGGCGGACACCAGUAUCAUCGUCGGCACGGCAGCGGAUAAUUACACAGCGGAUCAGUUCAAGCGCAGCAUCCAACCGAUCAUGGACAGGUGCGAACUCAGUGAAGGCGACGGGGAGGUGGUCGGGAAGAGCCCCGCUCGUCGCCUCCUCAUACAGUUCAGUGGGGGCGCCAACGCAUCGGCUCGCAAGGUCAGGGCCUUCUAUAGCAAGCUCAGAGGUGACCGUCAGCAGGGCAUCGUCUACAGCAGCAAUAUGCCAGUCCUCUCCAUCGUGGUGGGGGCCACAAAGGAUGGCGCCACCCGAUUGCUCUUCAACUACAACGGCUGCUUCCAACAUGGGCUCAAUCGCGAGGAUAUCCGCAAGCAGUUCGAACAACUCUUUCAGACCUCGCUCGAAGCUCAGAACGUCCAGUGGCAGAAGAAGAAGAUCUCGUACAUGUUGAAGGUGAUGAACUCCACGGCGGUGCUUGCGCUGCAGGAGGUCCAUGGCUCGGAGGCGAAGCUCAACCGCGAGAUUCACUUGGCCCACGUGGCCGCGGCCUGCUUCGCCUCCAUUCCUAAUCGUGGCGCUGGGCGCGCUCCCCAACAUGACCCCGACAUGAUCGUGAUCUACAGCAUUCACAACUUCCAGCUCACUGCGGACCAGGUCCAGCGCGCGAGGGGCUCGGUCCGCGCCGAGCUAGGCAUCGCUGAGCAACAACCUGAGCGGAUCACAGUGCUGGUCAUGGGUGACUUCAACGUCAUGGAUGAGGCGCCGCUCGAGAUGACGGCGCCGCUGGUCAAGAAGGGCCUCCCUCGACGACGUAAUCGCCAUCCUGAGCACCAGCCACUGUGGGAUCAAACACUGGGUGACAUGCUCGAGGUGGAUCCUGUGUUGCCCGCGCACUACACCGAGCACUCGCAGCAAGGCGCGCGGAUUGACAAGAUCUACUUCAGUUCCCCGCCGUGGUUGCUGAUCCAGUGGUGUGCGAAGGUGGACGUGCCCGUGGCGCCUGACGCCCUCUUCGGCAUAGGCAUCUCUGACCGCGCCCCAGUUCACCUCCAGCUCGCAGCACGCGCACCUGAGGACCAUGGGAUGCAGCCGAUACCGCAGUACAUAUUCGAGAACCCCUUCUUCGCCAAAUACCUUGACCUGCUGAGCGGUGCUGCUGACAUGGGCAACUAUCCGCCCUUCAUUCGCCUCAAGGAGUACAAUCGCCUCAUCCACGUGGCGGCCAGACUGACGCGCGAUGACCUGACAGACGCGCAUGCGCCAUGCUCGGCGGCUGCCCUGACGACGCGCAGGGCGACCUCAAGGGCUGUCUGGAGGAAUGACUGGAAGAGCGCUCGCGCACUUCGCGCUCGCGCGGAGCUGGGCGCGAAGUUCCCAGACAUCUCUGAUAGCAACGGCAUCGCGCUGAUCGAGCCGGGGACUUUCCGCCGCGCGUUCGAGCUGCACCAGAAGGAGUACCUGGACCAGCGGACGGAGGCCAUGCAGCAGGCCAUCGAGGUCCUCCACGACCGCAGCGCCGCCAAUAAUCCCGAUGACAUGAUUGCCGAGCUUCGACGCCAGUGGUCGCCUGUUUUCCAGGCGAAGCCGAGUCACACCGAGCAUGUGCGGCCCUACCUCGACAAGCACAUCGCCCCCUGCGACUGCUCGCAGAUGGACAUCCCGACGCUAGGCAAGAUGCAGAACCUCAUGCGAAAGCUCAACAACUCGGCGCCAGGUCCAGACGGUAUCCCGUGCACGGCCUGGAAGCGCAUGCCCUCCUCGGCGCAGGUCUUGCUCCAGGUGGCGCUCGAGGUUAUGAAAGGUAACCCUGUUCCGUUGGACUUCAGCGACUCGCUCGUGAUAUUCACUCCGAAAGGAUCGGAGCCUGAUGAUGGGCUCACCGCUACGAGACUGGCCAAGGUUACGAGACCCCUCUCCCUGAAGAACACGGACUGCAAGAUAGUGGCUGCCACGGGCAACGAGUUGAUGAAGCCGAUUGUCGCGAAAGGUGCCCAUGGUGCGCAGAAAGGCUUCCUCCCGGAGCGACGCUUCAUAGAACGCGCGGUGGCGAUGGAUGCACAGUCCCGCAUUGUGGCCAUGCAAGACGACCCGACGGACAAGGGCCCGCUGAUGGUGCUCUACGACUUCGGCGACGCGUUCCCGUCAAUAUGCAG